AUGUCUGGAGCCUCGUGCGGGCGGCCGGUACAUUCCCAUCGACGGGAUGAGGGGGACUCGGCUUGGCCCAUCCACGCAGGAGGGCUCGAGGCGCCUGGCUCGAAUCCCGUCAGGUUUGAGACGGCAGUCCGGCUGGAGAUGAUCUGCGUGACAAGGUCAAGUCGGGCUUGCACCAGAUCGAGGAUGCUCGGUCCCGAAGCAGUUGAAUGA